CUAUUCCUGUUCCUAAUAUCACAUUCACUACUACUACUGGUAGAUCACUGGGAGAGAGUUUAACUCUUGAUUGUACAGUUGAUGUGCUAAAUGAACUAUACAAUAUUAGUGUUAAUAUCAGUGUAGUAAAAAAUGGAGAACUCAUUACUAGUGCUACUGGAUCUGGUGAUACUACAGCAAUGAUUAUGAUUGAUUCAUUAAGGUCAUCUGAUGCUGGAGACUAUCAAUGUAUUGUUAAUAUCACUCAAUCUGAUAUAGACUAUGAAUUUAAUGGAAUGGAAACUUCCCAAGUGAUACUUACAUCACCAACUCCUUCAGUUAAUGUUGAGUAUAAUGCUACUGGACAUUUAGUAGAUGGAGAAUUAAUAGAAGGACAGUUUCUUGAUAUUAUGUGUAUAGCUGACAUCAGUCAAUAUAUUGAUACUAGUGUUAGUGUUACUAUGAGUUGGAGGAGAAAUAACACUGUACUGACCAAUGGAAGUGAUUUUACUAUCAGUCCUCCAGUUAUGACUAAUAAUCAGUACACUGGUGUGUUACGUAUUAAUAGUUUAAGAGAUGAAGUUGAUAAUGGUGCUAGUUAUAAUUGUUCAGUUAGUGUGACUCCUAAUACUCCUUUUAUAAUAGCAGGGAAUGAUAAUAGCAGUGCAGUUACAUUGACUGUAGCAAGGUUUGAUGUCAAUCAUGUUGAUAUAAGUAUCAAUAUUCCUUCUGUUCCUGUUGCUGGUGAUGUAUUCAAUUUAUUUUGUGUUAUAAUUGCACCUCCUAAUUUUGUUGAGAAUCUUACUAGUGUCAGAUGGACUUACGAUUUAGAAGCAUCUCGAGAUGUGACUAGUGAAAACAAUGAUGCUACACUAGUACCAGUUGUUAGAAAUGAAAAUAUAUUGACCAGUGUACUUACACUUGAUCCAGUGAAGACAUCUGAUGCUAGACAAUAUUACUGUCAAGCAACAAUUCUAGUAUUUGGUAUUAUAGAUCGUACUAACAAAGAAUUAACUGUUCACAUAUCUCCUCCCAGUGUAUCAAUAGUUGCUGAUCCUCCAACUGGUCCAAUAUAUGAGAGUACAAGUUACUUCCUAACAUGUACAGCUACAGUAAACACUACAAUAGUGGAUACACCAGUAACUGCUAGUGUAGUAUGGAGUGAUCCUAGUGGUAAUGUAAUACCAACUAAUGAAGCAAGACGUCAAGUGAUACCUCCAACUGGUAACAGUCUUGUAAGCAUGCUAUUGUUUCAACCUAUUGAUACUGGUCUUAAUAAUGAUGGAGGAACAUAUACCUGUCAAAUGAUCAUCAAUUCUGGUAAUUCAUUAAUAGCAUCAAGUCAACCUACUAAUACUACCCUUCCUGUUACUGUUGAAAGUCUGCCUCCAAUGACAGUAAAUUUCUCAUCAGUUGGUUCGUUUGAAGUUGGUCAAAGUCUAACUAUAACAUGUACCAUAACAACAGUUGAGAGAUUAGUAGUAACACCAAUGAUUACUUUCAUUAAAAUGAAUGAUACAGAUAUGGAAAUGCUCUCUAACUUAAAUAAACCAUACAGUAUCACAACAGAUGAUACUAGUUCAGUUACUAACUAUACUCUAAUACUGGAUCCAGUGAGGUUUGAAGAUGCUGGAAUCACUGCUACUUAUGACUAUCAAGAGGCUAGUGAUACCUUCAUUUUGAUAGUUGACUUUCCACCAGUGAUUGUUACCAUAUCAAAGGAACAUGAUGAUACAUUAUAUGCAGGGACACCAUUCUUCAUUAAAUGUGACAUAAUGUUAGAUCCAUUAGUUACUAUACCAGUGACUGUCACUAAUCAAUGGACACAUGAUGGUACUAAUGUUCCUAUGGGUUCAUCUGACGCUACUAUUACUGAGGGUCUCAAUAUGAUCAGUACAUUACAUUAUAAUGCAACAUUAAUGUUCUAUCCAUUGGAUAAUGCUGAUGAUAGUGGAAUGUAUACUUGUAAUGUUGAAGUGACUGCUCCUAAUAGUUACAUGUAUCUCAGGAAUACAUCAGCUAGUGCUAAUACUUCUAUUGCAGUAAAUGCUACUCCAGUGCCAGUAUUAGAGAUAGUGUCUAUGGGUGUUGGUGAACCUGGUGAAGAAUACAUGUUAAAUUGUACAGUGACAGUUGUUGAUAGACUCAUAGUCCCACCAGUGAUAACAUGGACUAAGAGAUCAGCUAACAAUGUUAUUAGUGUACCUCCAGUUCUUAUGACUGUAUCUAAUGUAAUGAGUUCUCUUUAUUUAAACUUCUCUUCUCUCAAUACUUCUGAUGCUGGUCUGUAUACUUGUGAAGCCUCCAUUAAUGUUAGUCAGAUAUCCAUGGUAGCAAGGAGUAAUGAAUCUUGGAAUUUAUCAUUAAAAAUUCCCAUUCCAUCUGUUGAUGUGAAUCGAUCAAGAGAGAAUGAUUUCUUAGCCAGUAGUAACCUGAUACUAACAUGUGAUAUCAGUGUUGAUCCUAAUGUUGAUACACCAUUCACUGUUAAUGUAACCUGGAACAUGACUGAUCAACAAAUCAUAAGUGGCAGUGAUUUUAGAAAUAAGAGUGAUUCUAAUUCAAUGAUGCUUGCUGAUAGAAAUCGUGUUAAUAUCAGCUCUGUUAUGAUGACAUCAAGUUUUAAUGAAUAUAAAUCAACACUUAAUUUCACUACAUUGAGCACCAUUCCUGAUCCUAAUAUUACAUUUACUGCUACUACUGAUGACCUAUACAAUAUUAAUGUUAAUAUCAGUAUAGUGAAGAAUAAAGGACUCAUUACUAGUACUGCUGGAUCUGGUGAUGCUACAGCAAUGAUUAUAAUUGAUUCAAUAAGGUCAUCUGAUGCUAGAGACUAUCAAUGUAUUGUUAAUAUCACUCAAUCUGAUAUAGACUAUGAAUUUAAUGGAAUGGAAACUGCCGAAGUGAUACUUACAUUACCAACUCCUUCAGUUAUUGUUGAGUAUAAUGCUACUGGACAUUUAGUAAAUGGAGAACUAGCAGAAGGACAGUUUCUUGAUAUUAUGUGUAUAGCUGACAUCAGUCAAUAUAUUGAUACUAGUGUUAGUGUUACUAUGAGUUGGAGGAGAAAUAACGCUGUACUGACCAAUGGAAGUGAUUUUACUAUCAGUCCUCCAGUUAUGACUAAUAAUCAGUACACUGGUGUGUUACGUAUUAAUAGUUUAAGAGAUGAAGUUGAUAAUGGUGCUAGUUAUAAUUGUUCAGUUAGUGUGACUCCUAAUACUCCUUUUAUAUUAGCAGGGAAUGAUAAUAGCAGUGCAGUUAUAUUAACUGUAUCAAAGUUUGAUCUCAAUCAUGUUGAUAUAAGUAUCAAUAUUCCUUCUGUUCCUGUUGCUGGUGAUGUAUUCAAUUUAUCUUGUGAAAUAGUUGUACCUCCUAAUUUUGUUGAGGAUCUUACUAGUGUCAGAUGGACUUACGAUUUAGAAGCAUCUCAAGAUGUGACUAGUGAAAACAAUGAUGCUACACUAGUACCUGUUGUUAGAAAUGGAAAUAUAUUCACCAGUGUACUUACACUUGAUCCAGUGAAGACAUCUGAUGCUAGACAAUAUUACUGUCAAGCAACAAUUCUAGCAUUUGGUACUGUAGAUCGUACUAACAGAGAUUUAACUGUUCAAAUAUCUCCUCCCAGUGUAUCAAUAGUUGCUGAUCCUCCAACUGGUCCAAUAUAUGAGAGUACAGGUUACUUACUAACCUGUACAACUACAGUAAACACUACAAUAGUGAAUACAUCAGUAACUGCUAGUGUAGUAUGGACUGAUCCUAGUGGUAAUGUAAUACCAACUAAUGAAGCAAGACGUCAAGUGAUACCUCCAACUGGUAACAGUCUUGUAAGCAUGCUAUUGUUUCAACCUAUUGAUACUGGUCUUAAUAAUGAUGGAGGAACAUAUAUCUGUCAAAUGAUCAUCAAUUCUGGUAACUCAUUAAUAGCAUCAAAUCAAGCCAGUACUACCCAUAAUGUUACUAUUCAAAAUCUUCCUCCAAUGACAGUAAAUUUCUCAUCAGUUGGUUCAGUUGAAGUUGGUCAGAGUCUAACUAUAACAUGUACCAUAACAACAGUUGAGAGAUUAGUAGUAACACCAAUGAUUACUUUCAUCAAAAUGAAUGAGACAGAUUUUGAGAUCCUCUCUAACUUAAGCAUUACAACAGAUGAUACUGGUUCAGAUACUAACUAUACUUUAAUACUGGAUCCAGUGAGGUUUGAAGAUGCUGGAAUCACUGCUACUUAUGAUUAUCAAGAGGAUGGUGACAGUUUUACUUUGACCUUUGACAUUCCGCCAGUGAUUGUUACUAUAUCAAAGGAAUGUGAUGAUACAUUAUAUGCAGGGACACCAUUCUUCAUUAAUUGUGACAUAAUGUUAGAUCCAUUAGUUACUAUACCAGUGACUGUCACUAAUCAAUGGACACGUGAUGGUACUAAUGUUCCUAUGGGUUCAUCUGAUGCUACUAUUACUGAGGGUCUCAAUAUGAUCAAUACAUUACAUUAUAAUGCAACAUUAAUGUUCUAUCCAUUGGAUAAUGCUGAUGAUAGUGGAAUGUAUACUUGUAAUGUUGAAGUGACUGCUGCUUAUAAUUACUUGUAUUUCAGGAAUACAUCAGCUAGUGCUAAUAUUUCCAUCACAGUUCUUGCUACUCCAGUGCCAGUCGUACAGAUAGUGUCUAUGGGUAUUACUGAACCUGGUGAAGAAUACAUGUUAAAUUGUACAGUGACAGUUGUUUAUAGACUCAUAGUCUCACCAGUGAUAACAUGGACUAAGAGAUCAGCUAACAAUGUUAUUAGUGUACCUCCAGCUCUUAUGAAUAUAUCUAAUGUAAUGAGUUCUCUUUAUUUGAACUUCUCUUCUCUCAAUACUUCUGAUGCUGGUCUGUAUACUUGUGAAGCCUCCAUUAAUGUUAGUCAGAUAUCCAUGGUAGCAAGGAAUAAUGAAUCUUGGAAUUUACCUUUAAAAAUUACAAUUCCAUUCUUUUACCUACAUGUAAGCCAAUCAAAAGAAUCUAACUUAUUAGCUGGCAGUAACCUGAUAUUAACAUGUGAUAUCUGUGUUGAUCCUAAUGUUGAUACACCAUUCACUGUUAAUGUAACCUGGAACAUGACUGAUCAGCUAAUUAUAAAUAGCAGUGAUAUAUUAAACAAUGGCCAUCCAGAUUCAAUGAUGCUUGUUGAUAGUGAUCGUGUUAAUAUCAGCUCUGUUAUCAUGAGAUCAGGUUUCAAUGAGUAUAGAUCAAUUGUUAAUUUCACUACAUUGAGCAGUAUUGAGGAUUCAGGAACAUAUACAUGUAUUGUUACUAUAGUACCAGAUCCAGCUUAUGAAUACGUAAUGAGUUCUGAUAUUAAUUAUACAAACAUAAACUUAACUGUGACUGAUCCAAUGAUUGGAAGUUUUUCUGCUUCCCCUGACUCAUUUCUUAGUCUGGAGACAUCAUGUCCUGAUUCAGACCCAUAUGAUAACUUCACUCUUACCUGUACAGCCACUAAACCAACCAUAGUAAUACCAAACCUGGUAUUAGCAUGGACACAUAAUGGUACAAUAGAAACUGGUACUGUGACUACUACUGGAGGAAAUAUGACUACCACUGUUACUAAUACAUUGAGUUUUGACUCCAGUACUGCUUCUGAUUCUGGUACUUAUAGAUGUACUGCUAGUAUUACUAUACUUGAUUCUACUGAUAUUAUCACUACUAGUGAGGAAAGUAUUGUGGCUAUAAAAUCUCAGAGACUACCUGUUCCUGCUAUUAAUGUAACAGCUACUCCAGGAACAACUACUGCUGCUAUAUCAUUCAUAAUACCUAACAUUGCCUAUACACCUGAAACCUACAGUGUUAAGUAUACUGGAGCAAUCUUACAAACAACAGAAGCAACUUCUAUUAUAAGAAUGAGCUCCAGCAACAUUUCUGCAAUUAGCCAAGAAUUUACAAUCAUGUUGGCUGGCCUUGAGGAAGAUAACACUUAUACAUAUACAGUUGAUUCUACCAAUUGUCUUGGUACUACUAGUACUGUAGAGAUGAGCUUUAGAACACUUCCAGCAAUGCCGGUUGCUUCUCCAAUAAAUUGUACUAAUAUAACAUUCUUGCCAUAUAAUGUCACACUUACCUGGACUGCACCAGUACUAAUAGAUCAAAAUGGAGCACCAGUUGGUUAUAAUUUAACAUGCAUGAAUACUAAUGGUGUAUCAGUCGGUGGAUUGCACCCAACACAAUCUUCAACAAACACAAUGCUCACUAUUACUGAUGUUAUGCCUUUUACUGGUUACACUUGUUCUCUGUCAUUUAUUAAUGUAGUAGGAGAAGGACCCUCUACCCAGUGUACUUUUGAAACAGCUCAAAGUGUGCCAUACGACUCUCCCCAAAAUUUUACUUCCAUUCCUGAUCAAACUUCUGUCUUAUUUUCAUGGAUAGAACCAUCCAGUACUAAUGGAGUUAUUAUUAAUUAUAACUUAACAGUAACUAAUCUGGAUGAAUCAAAAUCAAUGUCUUUCAUUAUUGAAGGGAAUCCUAACCAAAAAUUUAUUGACCAUAAUGUUAACGAUUUUGGUCCAUAUCAGAAUUACACUGCUAGUGUUAGUGCUAGUACAAUUAUUGGAUAUGGACCAGUGGCUACUACUGCAGGAAGAACACUACCAGACA